AGAGAGGGAGGGAGAGAGAGAGAGAGAGUUAUAAUGGGAUACAGCAUGAACAGGAUGGAAAAGUUUUCAGGCUGAGAAGUUGGAAACCCUGAGUGCACAGAAUACUCAAACUGUUCUUUCUUUCUUCUUUUCUAUUUAUUUAUUUAUUUAUUAUUAUUAUUAUUAUUUUAUUGUGUACAAGAGCCCGUUGCAGAAGAGCGCGGCGACCCGAGGAGCGCGCGCCGCUGUGUGAUGAUGUUCACGGCCGGAGAUCAAAGCGGCCUUCGGUGGAAUUCUGCAUCUCCGUUUGGAGGAAGAGAUCCUGGAUGCAGUCAGACCUCACGCGCUGGAUUGAGUCAAAGUGUCCAAAGAUUCUGAGUUUAAUUCCGUCUUUCUUUGUAAAUCAAAGAUCAAAGUGGAUGUAACAAACAAACAAAAACAAGCAAAUAAAAUAAAAAAAAAAACAAGAGGAAAGCAGAGGAUCUGAGACAUGCUGGACUUUUCCCGGGGUGAUUAGAAGUGCUGAAAAACAAGCCGAAAGAGUUGCAAAUGUCCUCGUGUGGCAGUUCGUCCCCUCCGUCCUUCCCGAGACCGUUUCCCAUCACUGUGCAUCCCGCCGCACCGCUCGCACCCUCGCCCUCUGCGAGUCCCCCCACCGCGCUCUGUGGCCGCCUGUCCAACGGCAGCGCGAGCGCCCCGAGCCCGACCCACUCCCGCGAGUCCUUCCACGGCGUGUCCUUCCUGCUGCAGAUCGGCCUCACCAGGGAGACGGUGAAUCUGGACCCCACCGAUGUGUCCCUGUCGGCGGUCAAAGAGCUCGUGUGCUCCAUCGUGGACCAGAAGUUUCCAGAAUGCGGAUUUUUCGGCAUGUACGACAAGAUCAUGCUCUUCCGCCAUGACCUGAACUCGGAGAACAUCCUACAGCGGCUCACCUCCGCCGACAACAUCCACGAGGGAGAUCUGAUCGAGGUGGUGCUCUCAGCUCUUGCCACCGUUGAGGACUUCCAGAUCCGCCCUCAUGCUCUGUAUGUGCACUCGUACAAAGCCCCGGCGUUCUGCGACGACUGCGGCGAGAUGCUGUGGGGUCUCGUGCGUCAGGGUCUCAAGUGUGAAGGAUGUGGGCUUAAUUACCACAAACGCUGUGCCUUUAAAAUCCCCAACAACUGCAGUGGAGUGCGAAAGAGACGCCUGUCCAAUGUGUCCCUGCCCGGACCCUCUCUGUCCAUCCCUCGUCCUGCGGCCACUGAGAGCGUGGUCAUGUCACCCGAGGAGCAGAGACCACUGUUGGAGGCGAGUAAACGGAUCCCGUCGUGGAGCGGUCGGCCCAUCUGGAUGGAAAAGAUGGUGUUGGGUCGAGUCAAAGUGCCGCACACCUUCAAUGUGCACACGUACACACGACCCACCAUCUGCCAAUACUGCAAACGCCUCCUCAAGGGCUUGUUCCGCCAGGGCAUGCAGUGCAAAGAUUGCAAAUUCAACUGUCAUAAAAGAUGUGCAUCGAAAGUGCCGAGAGACUGCCUGGGCGAGGUGGUGUUUAACGGAGAGCCAGCCAGCCCAGGGAUGGACUCUGAGGUCACGAUGGAGGUGGACAGCAGUGAUGUGAACAGUGAGAGCAGUCGAGGCAUGGACGACCCCGAGGAGGUGAUCACUCCGGAGGACAUGGACGCUCCCUUCAUGGAUGGAGAAAAGGACGAGGAGACAGUGAAAACUAUCAGUCCAUCCACCAGCAGUAACAUCCCUCUGAUGCGUGUGGUUCAGUCCAUCAAACACACCAAGAGACGCAGCUCCACCUUAGUGAAGGAGGGCUGGAUGGUCCACUACACCAGCCGAGACAACCUGAGGAAGAGACAUUAUUGGAGGCUGGACAGUAAAAGUCUGACCCUUUUCCAGAAUGACUCAGGAGCCAAAUACUACAAGGAGAUCCCGCUGUCAGAGAUCCUGCAGGUGGAACUGGCGCAGGACUUCAGUAGCCUGGCGCAGGGAGGAAACCCGCAUUGCUUCGAGAUCAUCACAGACAACAUGGUGUAUUACGUAGGGGAGAACACGGGCACGCAGCACACCAGUGCCACACUCGCAGCAUCCGGAGUCGGACUGGAGGUGGCACACGCCUGGGAGAAGGCCAUCCGCCAGGCCCUGAUGCCCGUCACCCCUCAGCCCAGUGUGUGUAGCAGCCACGGCCAGGGAAAAGACCACAAAGAGCUGUCCAUCAGCAUCUCAGUAUCCAAUUCACAGAUUACAGAAAAUGUGGAUAUCAGCUCGGUCUACCAGAUCUUCGCCGACGAGGUCCUGGGAUCAGGACAGUUCGGGAUUGUGUAUGGAGGCAAGCACAGAAAAACCAAGCGAGACGUCGCCAUUAAGGUCAUAGACAAGAUGCGUUUCCCCACCAAGCAGGAAAGCCAGCUGCGGAAUGAAGUUGCCAUUUUACAGAAUCUGCACCACCCAGGCAUUGUAAACCUUGAGUGCAUGUUUGAGACUCCUGAGCGGGUGUUUGUUGUCAUGGAGAAGCUCCAUGGAGACAUGCUGGAGAUGAUCUUAUCCAGUGAAAAGAGUCGCCUUCCAGAGCGGCUCACUAAAUUCCUAGUGACUCAGAUUUUGGUGGCUCUGAGACACCUCCAUUUUAAGAACAUUGUACAUUGUGAUUUGAAGCCUGAGAAUGUGCUUCUGGCAUCAGCAGAACCUUUUCCACAGGUGAAGUUGUGUGACUUCGGCUUCGCCCGCAUCAUCGGAGAGAAGUCGUUUAGGCGCUCGGUAGUGGGCACACCGGCAUACCUGGCUCCUGAGGUGCUGCGUAGUAAAGGCUACAACCGCUCUCUGGACAUGUGGUCAGUUGGCGUCAUCGUCUAUGUGAGUCUGAGUGGAACCUUCCCCUUUAACGAGGACGAGGACAUUAAUGACCAGAUCCAGAACGCUGCCUUCAUGUACCCGCCCAACCCCUGGAAGGAAAUCUCUGGAGAAGCGAUUGACUUAAUCAACAACCUGCUUCAAGUGAAGAUGAGGAAACGCUUCAGUGUCGACAAGUCUCUCAGCCACCCCUGGCUUCAGGACUAUCAGACGUGGUUGGAUCUGCGGGAGUUUGAGACGCGGCGAGGCGAGCGCUACAUCACUCACGAGAGCGACGACGCACGCUGGGAGGAAUAUGCUGACGAAAGAAACCUUCCCUAUCCCAAGCACUUCAUCAUGGCUCCCAACUUGGAGGACAUGGAGGAGGACCCCUAGAGGCCAGGACGACUUAGUACACCUGCUUCUGAACGUCAGAGGGGAUCUUUAAGACCUUUUCUCUUGGCGAUCUGCUCACUCAGUGUCGAGACUGGCAGGACGAAAUCGAAGGAGUGUAAAUGAUCUGCCUGAUGAAACAGUGUGGACAGGCAGUGAUUAGGAACGUAGCAUCUGUGAAGAGUCACUCUGGAUCUGCGCACAAGGACACGGCACACGCAUUCAGGGUGUUUCUUUCCAUAACAUCCCAGAGACCCGCUCUGUCUUUUCGCUCACUGCCUUUUCACCAAUCUAGCGUUUGGAUUGAACUGUAACAGCCAGUUGCCCUGCCAUUCCACCCACCUCAGGCACAAUGAACAUGGGGUGGGAAUGAAAACACAACUGGUAGACGUGGGAAGUCUGCACCCUCCGAAGAUAUAUAUAUAUAUAUAUAAUUUUUUUUUAAAUACUGUCAUUGAAUCACACAGUUCGGAGCAUUUAACACCACAAUAUUUAGGUCUUUUUUUUUUGCAGAUGAAGUGAUUCUCAGCUGGAACACAAAGCUUGUUUAUGCAGUUGGACUGAAGAGAAUAUGAAUAAUGAAGGCACUGCAAAUAUCGACCCUCGUUUAUGGAAACUUCCAGAGAUCUAUGACGUGUCUGAGAUGGAGCGAAAGAUAUGACUUCAUGAGAAUCUCUAUUUCCAGCUUAAGUCUUUAAACUGAAAUCCAUGGAUUCAGUGUUUCUUAUUAAUACAAAUGUGAACAUUUUUGUGGCUUGUUAUGUUCGCUGAUGUUUCCUGGAAUAACACUGUGUGUCAAGAGCAAGUUUGAAAAUCUCAGUCUGUGGCUGGCAUUUCACAAACGGACGCGAUGAAGGAAUAAACAAAUGAAGACGAUAAGCCUGAGAACCGGCCACUUUAAACACUAUCGGUUUGAAAUGAUAUCAAAUGGUUUGUGAACUGAAAAGUCGUAAAUACUGAGAACUUCUGGGGGAAUAAAGGUUUGUGGCUAUUUUUUAUUAGUUGUUUUUAAGGCUUUCGUCCUUAUUUUAUUUUCAUUAUGUAAUUUCUAAAAUGUUGCUAACUCUCACAGACUGAACCUUUUGCCUGACACUGUUCCUCACGUCGGCCUCGCUAUAAACUGAGAUACUCUCAAAUGUUGGUGAUUUUUUUUAUUUGAAUUUUAUUUCACUCCAGAAUUAGAAAUUUACAUGUUUGAAUUUCAAAAAAAGUUAUCUAUGACAGAAAGACACACCGGCUCUCCUGGUAAGCUGUGUUUGGACAAUUUCAGCUUUUCUUUCUUUGUUUCGAACUCGAGCCUGUGAAUGGCGGUUAAGCGAGACUUUCCCAACGUCUGCAUUCAACUUUCCUGGUUCCUGAAAUCAGAAGGAAAACUGUGGCACUGAUGGCGCUCUGUCCACAUUGGCAAUUUAAAGUCACCCUAAGCUGACUUUAACGUAAACCUGCAGAAUUAAUAAAAACCUUCAACUUUACAAGUACUGAAAAUGUGAAAGGAGUGUUCUUGCAUCAUAACAUGUAAGAGCCAAUCAGGAUCCAGUAUGCAAAUACAAGCAGCUUAACACUGGUACAUUAUUCAUGUUUAUAGAAUGUGAACUUUUAUUUUUCUGGACUGCUUUCUGGUAUCAGAUGACUUUUUUUUUUUUUGUGGAAGACCUCAAGCAAUUUAUUAUUUAAUAUACAAAACAUUAUGUUCAUAAAAAAGGUUUCCGGUUUCUUGACCAAUUUUUAUUACUUUUAGCCAACACUGGUGUUUGGAGUUUUGCCACGCAAGUAAAUGUUAAUCACGAGGAAUAACCUGAUGUGUUAUAGCGUUUUGGCCAUAAAAUAAAGAAAUAAAGUAAAAUGUGCACACUUCUACCCCAAAUGUAGUCAGUCAGCUAGCACAGGUUUGGUAUUUGCCUUAAAACACACAGUUUGGCUCAGUGAUAGAAUUCUUACAUUAAAUUGACUACAAACCAUCAGAAUAAUUGUUUUUCUUUCCCUGAAACAAAAAAUAACUGCACCAAGUAAAUCAGAACUACUGUAUAUUCUCAUCUGAUUUUACUUGCAACAUUCAAUUCUACCUUCAGUCUGAGCCAAACCUCCUCCCGGUGUUUAUUUGGAGUGACACCAUAAAAAUUGCUUCGGACGAGAAAGAAAUUUGGCUCCUGAUUGCAGCUCUGCGACAUCCUUUUAUUCAUUUUUAUAGAUAACAAAGUCAUACAGUGUCAGAAUCCACAUAAUCAAAUCUGUUGCAAAUGGAACGUCUCAGCACGAAUCGAGGUGAGUUGAGGAUUUAGUCAGGUGGUUUGUACAAUUCUACUUUUUUUCCUUUUUUUUUUCUAGCACGGUCCUAAAGAAGCAAACAUCAAAUCCAAACCAUGGAGGAAAUUGUCAGGGUUUUUUUUUUUUUCUUUGACUGUUCUAAUAUUUUAAGCCUAUUUUAAUCUUAAAGCCAUCUGAUUGCCUUUUUAUUGCAAUAGAGGGAUUUCGUCAGCAGGUCUCGGAAUGCUCUGAACUGUGGGAAUUGUGAAGGACAUGCACAAGUGUUUUCCAAACAAAAACAAGAUCGCUCUGGCUGUUUUUCUGUCUUUCUAUGCAGCUGGUUCACUUUUCAUGCUGUUGUUACAUAUUUCCUGACAUUACGAUUGAAAUGGGAGCCAUUGCCAAUAAAGCAAACUUCAGAUGGGAUCACAGGAGAACAGAUGUAUAAAAUAUGCCUUGGAUAAUUAACUGGGGAAAAUGAGAAGGUUUGGGAGAAUCCUAUAUUUUCGUAUGUCAAGCCGAUGUGACAUGCUGGAGAGAGAUGACAUGUGAGCAGCCAUAUUUUUACAGCAUGUAACAUUAAUGACGUGAUCCUGAAAAUCUUUGUUAGUCUGGGUUGCCACUGGACUGGCAGCAAUCGUUGUUUUGUAUAUUUUUAAUAUUCACGUAUCUAAUAAAACCUUUCUUCUGUAUAA